AUCCACCGCCGGCAUGCUGGGAGUUUUGUUUACGUUUCUUUCGGUUUCUUUUUUCUCUGGUUUCGCAAAAAUUUAAUUAAAUUCGAGCAAUCGAGCCUUAAAAUAAAAUAUUCCGGUUUGAAAACUUUUUUAAGCAGUAAAAGUAACGUGAAAUCAUGAAGGAGUGGCAACGUUUGCUGGAGGAUUUCUGCGGAAGCCAAAGGUCUCGCCCGCUCUUCAGCAGCUCUAGCUCUUCAGGUUUUCGACGGUGCUCUCAGCUGGACACCAUCGUCGAUUGCAGCUCUUCGGACGAAGAGAAUGGAGACAAGAAAAAUCUAGUCUCCUCUGCUGUCAACACAAGCAGUGUUGUCAUCAAUUUGGACUUCGACUCGUGCGCCUCUUGGACGAGUGGUUUGUCUAAACCGUCGGUUAGCAGAGAUGUGAAGAAAAUCGAUCUGAACCUGACAAGAGCAACGUCCCCAGUUCUGUUCAAGAAGGACAGAAAACUGCCUGACGAUGGAAAAAAUACUAUUGUCUUUGAGUCCCAAGAUGAUGAAUGUCCUGCCAGUCCUAUUUUAGAGAUCAAAAGGCGAACGUCGCCGGUGCUACGGAGGAAAAGGAAAAUUCUUGAUGGAGAGACGGAAACGCCGAAGAAGGUUCAAGUUAUUGGAAAUCCAUUAUCUCCAGUAAUUUCAGCAAAAAGAAGAGCUACCAGACCAACUAUUGCCAUCAAAGCUGACCACAUAGUUGAUGAAGAAACCCAAGAUAAGGUGGAAAUCAUUGACAGCCCAACAAAAUCACCAGUCAUCCUCAGAAGCAACACUCAACAGAUCAGUCCUGUUGGCUCUCCAGUAAUUUUCAGUCAGCGAAAUUGGUCAAGAGUGAAACUCUCCAAAAGCGUCAACAUAGUCGAUGUAAGCCAGGAAAAGAAGGAGGAUCUCAUUGAAUGUCCGUCCUCUCAAGAAUUAAAUAGCAGUGAAAACUUAAUCAUUGGGCCUAGCCAAAGUGCCUCUUCUUCUUCAGAUGCUGUUCCAAGGACUCAAACAGAUUCUGAACCCAUAAAAGAUGCGUCUGGAAAUUACUUACCUCUGCUAGACUCGACUAAAAGAACGAAGAAACCUAGAAAAAAUGGCUUGCUCGAGCAGCUGCAAAAACUUAAAAAUCGGCAAAGAUCUUCUCAUCGAAUGUGGUUGCAUGAAAGGCUUAGUGGAGAAAAGCAGAGUAAAAAAGGCCUAGUUUUGCACAUUUUGAAUUUAAGCACCUUCGGCAGCAAAAUUGUCCUUCACGGCAGAUUUUCACAAAGUUUGCAAAAGGCAGCUUUGAUUUUGGAGCAGGAACAAUGCAAAGACCAAAUCAAAACUGGUGAUUUCAUCAAGAUUUGUCCCCCAUGGCAAUCUUUUGACUCGUCAGCAAUUGGAAUACCCACACUAAUUUCCAUCAAUAUUUUUGAAAAAGUGGAGCAACCUUGUGAUUACAAUUCCGAUCUACAUGAGCCUAUUCCUAUUUCAAAGGAGUUCUCCUGUCACUGUUCAAAAAAUGCAAGUAUUUGUCCUGCGAACUGCACCUAUAAACUGCCAAAACGUGGUCAGGACAUGAUGGACUUCCUGUUGAUAGAAAAUGAUGUUUCAAAGGGUUUGAGACUCCACGCCGUUGAGGAGCUUGAGAGCUCCAAUCAAGAAAAAGAACAAUCUCAAAAAAGCAAUUUCUCUAUAACUGAAGCAGUCGAAGCCUACGCUAAAAAGUCAUCAGCCCAUUUGCAAAUGAAACUUGCAUGCCAGAAAAUUUUUAUUUCAAGGAGAGCUCAGGGAGACAAACUAUGUUUGUCCCAAUGCAAUCAGGCAGGUGAAGAGAUUUGUACCAUGCUCGGACAAGAUGCGUUAGGAACAUUCUGUUUUGUGGAAUUGAAGGGCAACUUGAGAGAAUCUGUCAAGGAGGGAAACAGCUAUGUUUUGCAAGGACUCACUUUAAACAGAAGAAUGGACAUUGCAAGACGACCUGAUAUUUUAAGUUUGCUCUCUACUUAUGCCAAGGACAACACAAAUUUACUUGUCGUCUACAAGUUCAAAGCGGGCAGGGCAAGUGCUAUUGAACCAUGUGAUGAUUUGCAACCAAGGAUUCGCCAGCUGCUAUCAAAAAUUUCCUCUAUUGACCCAGAAUUGAGCAAUUUACGCAUUAGUGUUGCCAUGAAGUUUUUGGCGUACGAAGCAAGCCAUAUGUACUGCUCUGUUCCAAAUGAUUGCGUUGGUGUUGGUGAUGCUCCAUACCACACUAUUUCUGUAAGAAACCAAACAGUGGUACCAAAGUUAAAUUCUGGCUGUGUUGUUAUGCUCCAGAACUUACUCUUUUUAAAAGGUGAAUUAUCAACAGAUGAGUUUACAUCCAUAUGUGACAUUGAAAGUCCAUCAUCUCAUCUUUUCCUGAGCUCUACAGAUUGGCUUGAAAAUAUCAACUUGAGCCAAAUGAAAAAUUAUAAUCCAGAAAUUCCAAAAUUGUCCGCAUCUACCAAUAAGCAUGACCUAGUCAAAGUGAAAGGGACUGUCUGUGAGGUUGACGAGGAUAAUUCCUUUUCGUGGCCUGUUUGCUGCAACUGUGGAAGUGAAUUGUUGCAAGACCUUCCUGAUAAUGCUAUGUGUUGUUCAAUAUGCCGAUCUGAUGGGCCCUUUUCAAGCAGAGUGGCUCUGAGCGUCUACCUCAGUCCAUCUCGAGAAUACCAAUACUGCGAUGAUAGAGAAGCAAAAAUAUUUACAAAGUUGCAUCAGAGCACAAUUGGAAUAAUCUUGCCAGGGUGGGACGAGGACGAGGAGUUCGGCCUGGAAAGUAUUUUGGGAAGGGAAAUCGGACCAAUUGUUUGCUGCGUUACAAGCAUAGAAGACGGAAAAUCUGUAAGUCUUUGCCAAGUGCCUUUUUGAAAACUGGAAAACUAAAGCGUUGGUGUCUAAAUUUCACAUUAAAAGGAUUUACUCGACUCCUUUCAAGCAAUCCGAAAGUAAUUUUAAUUUGGUUUUUACCUCAGCAAACCUGAGAAUCCUUAAUGAGAAUAUAGAAUAAUGUGAAAAGUACAAUUUGAUGCCUGUAACAAAAUUGUUCAUUUUGACAUGCAUUAUCACCAAAUUAAAUUUUUUAGUCAUAUUGAUCAAUUCACAUUAAUUGGACAACGCAAUAGCCUUCUGCAGAUUUAGUGAUUCUUAAUGAGAUUUUUUUUUUAAAGAACAAGCACAAAUUUCAUAUGAUUGUGUCUGUUACAACCUUUCCAAUUGACAAAAUUUAAUAAAUUCAAUCAUUUCGCAAG